CAGAGCCGACCACCACGACACCAGAGCCGACCACGUAUCGCCCGUCCUUAGCUGAAUCUCUAAGCCAGCUUCCGCUGCAGUUUACUGUCAAUGUGGACUCACACAGUGCCCCUUCAUGCCUCGAAGGGGAUUACUUCCCCGUGUACGUGGCACCAACUCCGAGAAACGGAGUGAAUCUUCCUGCGUUCGUCAACCAAACCCUGGAAAUCAAAGUCAAAGCCAAAGCAGUAUACACCACGAUAAGACGCCUGAUUAUCACUGGACCAGCGGGCAUUUCAAAGCGGCAAAUCUCUUCAGAAGAAUACGUCAUAGAGUGGAAUCCAACUGAAAACCAACUGAAUGAUCAUUUUGCUAUUUGCUUUCUUUUUGAAGCAACGGACAGGUUUGGCCAAGUCUAUCAGUCCGAGCUACGCUGUGUGAUUGCUGACGUUGGACAUCACGAGACCAUGGUGACAUGCAAUCAGACAACAAUAACGGUGGAAGUGGAGAAGACGUAUCUCAUCAGACGCAACGAGAACAACUUGCAUCUGAGAGACGUCAGCAAUCCUUCCUGCAACCUGACGAGAUCCUCCAACAGCACCCACCUGGUGGCUGUCAUGUUGCUGAACACCUGUGGAACCAUCAUAGAGGAUGAUGGCGAAAACAUCAUCUUCAGGAACGAGAUCACGUCCGCUGACCCAAAUGAAAUAAUCUCCAGGGAUCACGAUGUUGAAAUCACCUUUUCCUGCACAUAUCCGAAACAAAACAACCUGACUCUUGGGUUCAGGCACAAGAACCCGUACGCCUUCACAGAGAGGGGCUUCGGCGCUUUCAGCUUUGAGUUUGAAUUCUUCGAGAGUCAGUUGUUCAGGACAAAAGUGGACGCCAGCACUUACCCCGUGGAGGUGAACCUCAAACAGAUGAUGUUCAUGCAGAUCGAGGCGACCAGCUCCAUCCCCAACACCGAGCUGUUUGUGGAGUCCUGCAGGGCGACUCCGUACGACAACCCAAACUCUCGCAUCAGCUACACCAUCAUCGAACACGGGUGUGCGACAGACAGCACGGUGCAGAUCUACCCCAGCCCCAAAUCCCAGUUCAGAUUUGGAAUGGAGGCUUUUGAGUUCAUCGGCGCUCAUGAUGAGGUGUACAUCACUUGUUCGGUCAUCCUCUGUCAGACUGGUAUUCCCAACACCAGGUGCUCGAAGGGAUGUAUCAGAUCCAAUUCGGGACAGAAUCGCGUGAAAAGGGAAGCUGCAUCUGAGACAUCCAGUCACUCUAUUUCCCAGGGACCUUUGCACCUGGUCAAAACCUCCGACAGCCAAGCUCCUGGCCUGAGCAUGAGUCUGGGGAUGAACAUCGUCUUCAUUGUCAGCAGCCUCCUGGUAUGUGGAGUGGCCAUCUACCUGUCAAGGAGGUCCAAAGCUAAAUACCAACUCCUGCCAACUUCUGAGGAAAACUGA